GAGUAGGCACGGCUUCGGCUCGACAGUCUGCUCGUAGAGCUCGAUCAAAUAGCUUGCGGAUUUUUAACUGCGCGAAGUUUGUGCAUUUAGUUCGUUGACAAAUUCAGUACAAUAUAUUUACAUUGUGGUGCUUCACUCGAUUAUUUAACUGUUACAUUCCACAUUUAGAAGCAUUCCUAUAGAUUUCAACAGUGUUCAUUGAGUGUGCUUUGUUUGGUGAUUAGCUCAUACUUUCCUGUGUGCGUGGAUAGCGAGAUUAGGUUAUCUGUUCGGUAGAUAGCAAAACUAAUUGACAACAUGGCAGGCACAGUUUCUAACAGCGGCUACCGCACCAGCGAAUCGGACAGCUCGGACAAUACCUUGGGUACGCUGGAGGGAGAGGAAGCGUUGGCGAUCAUUAGACGAAAUCUGAAAUCGAGUGCCAUGGAUUGCGAGGGAACGCACUUCGAUUGCAACUGCCCGCAUGUUUUCGUAGUGUUUGGCGCUUCCGGUGAUUUGGCCAGGAAGAAGAUCUAUCCCACACUUUGGUGGCUGUUUCGUGACAAUCUGUUGCCCUGCGUUACCAGGUUUGUCGGCUACGCCCGUAGUAAGCUGACUGUGAACGAACUCCGAGAGAAAUGCCACCAGUACAUGAAGGUCGAACCGGACCAGCAGGAAAAGUACGAGCAGUUCUGGGCGUUGAACUUCUAUCAUCCCGGAAGCUACGACAGCCGGCGGGAUUUUGAGCUGCUGAACCAGGAUAUCAGCAAAUUCGAAACCGGUAAAAUGGCCAAUCGGCUGUUCUAUCUGGCGCUGCCACCGUCGGUGUUCGAAACGGUUACCGUGCACAUCCGUAACACCUGCAUGGGACUGAAAGGGUGGAACCGGAUCAUUGUGGAGAAACCUUUCGGUCGGGAUGCCGACAGCUCGAACGCUCUGAGUGCCCACUUGGCGAAGCUGUUCAGCGAAGAGCAGCUGUAUCGUAUCGAUCACUAUCUAGGAAAGGAGAUGGUACAGAAUUUGAUGACGAUUCGGUUCAGUAAUCAGAUCUUCAGUCCAACUUGGAACCGCAACAAUGUUGCCUCGGUGUUGAUUACUUUCAAGGAACCGUUCGGAACACAAGGCCGUGGAGGAUAUUUCGAUGAUUUCGGAAUUAUCCGUGACGUCAUGCAAAACCAUUUACUCCAGAUUCUUUCUUUGGUUGCCAUGGAAAAGCCGGCCACGUGUCAUCCGGAUGAUAUUCGUAACGAAAAGGUCAAAGUACUCAAAAGCAUCAAACAGCUGACAAUAGAUGAUGUAGUUUUGGGACAAUACACAUCUAAUCCUGAUGGAUUAGAUGAAGAUUCUCGAAUGGGAUACUUGGACGACCCGACGGUUCCGAAAGGAUCGGUAACUCCUACAUUUGCUCUGGCGGUACUUAAGAUCAAUAACGAGCGAUGGGAAGGCGUUCCAUUCAUUCUGAGAUGUGGCAAAGCACUUAACGAACGUAAGGCUGAAGUACGAGUUCAGUAUCGGGAUGUACCAGGGGAUAUCUUCGAUGGAAAACCGAAGCGUAAUGAACUGGUCAUUCGGGUGCAACCCGGUGAAGCAUUGUACGUUAAAAUGAUGACCAAAUCGCCGGGAAUCACUUUCGACAUGGAAGAAACGGAGCUGGAUCUAACCUACGGACAUCGGUACAAGGAUGUCAAACUGCCGGACGCCUACGAACGGUUGAUCCUCGAUGUGUUCUGUGGAUCACAGAUGCACUUUGUCCGAGCGGAUGAGCUGAGCGAGGCCUGGCGAAUCUUCACGCCCUUGUUGCACUACAUCGAGAGAGAGCGGCCGGAACCGAUCAAAUAUGUGCACGGUUCUCGUGGACCGAAGGAGGCGGACAAGAAGUGCGACGAAAACAACUUCAAAUACUACGGAUCGUACAAGUGGCACAAGAAGCAGUGAAGCAAGUUAUGGUUAUGGAAGAAUAUCAUAUACUGUUAGAUAUUUUGUUGAAUGUUUUAAUCAUCUAUUACUUUUUCCCCUUAUUUUGGAUAUUUCAUGUAUUUAUUUAAUUCAUUCGAUUUCAUACUAGUUAGGAGGUACGACCAAAUGGAGGAGAUUAGGAGGUUCAUCGUUACUAUUUAGUACGUUUAGCCUGAUUACUUAUUGUACUGAAUGAAGCAGCGGAAGGCAUUUUUGAAUAUAUAUUUUUAUACAAAAUUGACCAAAAUCCCCAAAUAAAAACAUUCCCGGACCAAUGUUUUAA